ACAUAUGCGAGCCUUCUGCAUAGCCUCUCCCCCAUCUCCUCCCCUCCCGUAAAGGAAUCUGAUCGUACUAUCACCAUAUCCAAACGAAGAUCUUGACUUGUCCCACUGCUUUUGUUGUUCUCUCAAUGUCUGCAGAGCUCUUCCUUCUCUUUAUCUCACUCUGUCCAUCCUUUGUCUUUCAAUCAACUCCUUCUAACCUCUUUCUCUCUCUGUUUCUUUCUCAACUGUUGCAAGAGCAAAAAAAGGCUGUAGUUUAAACAUGUUGAAAUCUCCAGAACUCCCAGAUUGUUUUUACCAAGACAAGCCAACCUUAAUCAUUCCAAACACCCCAACCCCAAAGCAUUCCUUGUAUCUCUCCAACCUUGAUGAUCAAAAGUUCCUUAGAUUCUCCAUCAAAUAUCUAUACCUUUUCAAGAAAGCUGUUAGCCUAGAUAUCUUGAAAUAUUCUCUCUCCAAAGUUCUUGUAGAUUACUACCCAUUAGCUGGGAGGUUAAGAACAUGCAGCCUUGACAAUCAGAAGCUGGAGAUUGAUUGCAAUGGUGAAGGUGCUGUCUUUGCUGAUGCUUUCAUGGAUAUCACUUGUGAUGAGUUUCUUGAGAUUUCCCGGAAACCAAACAGGUCUUGGAGGAAGCUCCUUUACAGGGUUGAAGCUCACUCUUUCAUUGAUAUACCUCCACUUGUAGUUCAGGUAACGAAUCUCCAGUGUGGAGGUAUGAUCCUCUGCACCGCGAUUAAUCAUUGUAUAUGUGACGGCAUUGGCACAUCCCAGUUCCUGCACUCCUGGGCCCACGUGAACAACAAGCCAACUCCUGAUCUUCCCAUCACACCCUUUCAUUCCCGCCACGUGUUGAAACCCCGAGAUCCUCCUCAAAUAACCAACACCCACCUGGGGUAUACCAAAAAUACCCUCAAAGACAAUAAUGCACACUUGGACAUCAACGAGUAUCUGCAGUCCCAGCCACUGGUGCCAACAUCCUUAACCUUCACCGCCUUCCACGUCCUGCUACUAAAACGACAAUGCGUUCCAUCUCUCAAAUGCACCACCUUUGAGGCACUGGCCUCGCACACCUGGCGCUCGUGGGUUCGUUCCUUGGACCUGUCCCCUUCCUUCAAUGUCAAGCUCCUGUUCUCCGUCAGCGUCAGGAAAAAGGUAAAUCCGGAAAUGCCGCAGGGGUAUUACGGGAAUGGAUUUGUUCUCGCAUGCGCUGAGACCGCUGUAAAGGACUUGGUUUCCCCGAAUUUACACCACGGGAUAAAGUUAAUCCAGCAAGCUAAAUCCAGUUUAACCGAUGAGCAUGUGAGGUCAAUGAUUGAUUUGUUGGAGGACAAAAAUGUCAAAACGGAUACUUCUUCGAGCCUGGUAAUUUCUCAAUGGACUAAGUUAGGAUUAGAGGAUUUGGAUUUUGGAGAAGGGAAGCCUUUGCAUAUGGGCCCACUGACAAGUGAUAUUUACUGCUUGUUUUUACCGGUGGUGGGUAAUUUUGAUGCAGUAAGAGUGCAAGUUUCGGUGCCAGAGUGUGCGGUUGAAAAGUUCGAGUAUUUUAUGAAGGAGGGUUUGGAUAAAGAAGAAAAUGGAACGGAGAACAAAAUGGUUUAA